AGGCUACAAAUGAAUGUAACACCAGUGAGGACUGGGGUCUUAUUAUGGAUAUAUGUGACAAAGUUGGAAGUACUCCUAAUGGAGCAAAGGAUUGCCUUAAAGCCAUCAUGAAGAGAGUAAAUCAUAAAGUUCCCCAUGUGGCUUUGCAAGCACUUACACUUUUAGGAGCCUGUGUAUCAAACUGUGGAAAAAUAUUUCACUUAGAAGUAUGUUCUCGUGAUUUUGCUAGUGAAGCUCGAGGUAUAAUAAAUAAGGCUCAUCCAAAAGUAUGUGAAAAGCUAAAAGCUCUAAUGGUGGAGUGGUCGGAAGAAUUUCAGAAAGACCCGCAGUGUAGCUUAAUAUCUGCAACUAUUAAAUCUUUAAAAGAAGAAGGUGUAACUUUUCCUGCAGCUGGAUCGCAGGCAACCACAAAUGCUGCUAAGAAUGGUUCAUCAUUAAGUAAAAACAAAGAAGAUGAAGAUAUAGCUAAAGCUAUCGAAUUGUCUUUGCAAGAGCAGAAACAGCAACAAAUGGAAACUAAAUCCUUGUACCCAUCUGCAGAAAUUCAGCAAAACAAUCAGAACUCAAGGAAGGUGCGAGCUCUGUAUGACUUUGAAGCCGUCGAGGAUAAUGAGCUCACCUUUAAAAGUGGAGAAAUUAUUUUUGUUUUGGAUGACAGUGACACCAAUUGGUGGAAAGGUGAAAAUCAUAGAGGAGUAGGACUGUUUCCAUCUAAUUUUGUGACUUCUGACUUAAAUGUGGAACCUGAGGCAGCAACUGUGGAUAAAAAUUCUGUUCCUGAGGAUACUACAGAAGAAAUUAAGAAAUCAGAACCUGAGCCAGUUUAUAUAGAUGAGGAUAAGAUGGAUAAAACACUGCAGGUACUUCAGAGUAUAGAUCCUACAGAUUUAAAGCUUGAUUCUCCAGAUCUUCUAGACUCAGAAGAUGUUUGUCAACAGAUGGGUCCAAUGAUAGAUGAAAAGCUAGAAGAGAUAGAUAGAAAACAUUCAGAAUUAUCAGAAUUGAAUGUGAAAGUUCUAGAAGCUCUGGAGCUCUAUAACAAACUGAUGAAUGAAACACCGAUGUACUCAGCCUACUCAAAACUCCACCAUCCUGCACAAUACCCGCCUACAUCUUCUGGCGUUUCAGUGCAGUCAUAUCCUGUACAGCCACCUGGUGGAAACUACAUGAUCCAGGGUGUUCACCAAGUCACCAUUUCCCCAGGUUACAGCCUAGGACCUGAUCAGAUGGGGCAGUUGAGGUCUCUGCCUCAAAGUAUAAAUUCUUCUGGAGCAACUCAGCCAGCUCAAGCUGCAUAUUUAAGCCCAGGACCGGAUUCUGUGUUAAACCAGACGUACGUGAACCAGAACCCUGGCCUUCCGUCGGUGGCCAGCACAGCUGCUUACCCCCAGCAGCAGAUGGGCAUGUCAGUGGAUAUGUCGGCUUACCAGAAUAGCACGUCGAGUUUGCCUCAAGGACCAGGUUAUCCCGUGGCAGUUCCCGCUCAUUCCGUUCUACAGCAACAAACAAAUUACCAUCAACAGCCUCUCCUUUAAAAACAAACCAGCUCAUGUUUCUGAAUUAAUGAAUAAAGGUUGCCUGACCUAAUGAUUUUUAUCAAUACCUGUCACGGAUGUCAAAAUACAUUUUCCUUUUUAAAUAACCCAACUUACUGCAUUAGGGUGAUGCAGAUGAUCAGACUCCCGAUUGUUAAGCAUUUGCAUAGAUAGCUUGAACUAGAUUAGCUGAUGGUUUAAAAUAAUUUCAGAUUACUCUGAGCCCUUGUUUCAGUG